UGUAAAGGGCAUGCGCAAAAUAUACUAACUGUGAUUGGUUGCAUUAGCUACAACUUUUGUGACUGUGACUUUUGGGAAGACAUAUUUAAAAUGGGCAAAGUCAUUCAAAAUAUAUAUAUGUACAUUGCCUUAUCGAAAGUGUUUACAAUAUUUUACACAUUAUUAGGGCAGCUUGUUCAUAAAAAGAAAUAGCGACUAAGCGAUGGCUAUGUACAAGUUCUGGCUUGAAUCAGAGCGCUUCGUUUUUGACGGAAAUAGCCGAAUGUUUCCGACUGCUGCCAACUUGCCAAGUUUCUUCAAGAUGGCGUUAAUCAGAAGGGGAAAGAGCUUAUUGGUUCAAUCAUCAGUUCCUCUCCAGAUCCUGAUCUACCUCAAUGUUGCUUAUUUUGUCUUUUAUUUUUUAGCCACGCUGCUCAUGAUUAUUUACAAAUGCCAGGUGUUCAGUUAUCCCGACAGAUACCUUGCUCAAGAUCUGGGGCUACUCUUCGUUAUGGCAGUCCUAGAACCUCUGAGACUGUACUUAGGAACAAAGGGAAAUUUGAUGGAAAAAGAGAUCCCUUUAGGAGCGAGCCUGAUUCUCACAACAGGAAAUAUCCUUCUAUCCAUAUACUUCUUAGUAUGGGAGACAUAUAUCCUUAGAGCGGACGUGAUUAUCAACGCCAUUCUUCUAGUCUUGUACGGACUGGAAGUGAUCCUAGGAGUAUUCGCCAUUGCUGCAUUUUUCCGAUAACAGAGCAAUUCCUAUCUUGUGUAUAACCAGUUGUUAAAAAAAAACUUUGGUAUGAAAAAUUCUUACUAGGUAAUUUAUUUUUAUACAUCAUUUCAAAAAGUAUUUUUAGAUAAAAAUGUAAAGUGUAUACCGAUUAAUUACUAUGUACAAGUUUUCUUUAUUUCAAAAUAAAUUGUUCUACUAGUAAAUGUUUGGAUAACACAUGUAACACACAUUCUUCAAUAAAGAAGAGGCUAACCCGAUGUACGCAAAAAGCCAAACUUUAAAUAUUGCGAUCGAGUUAACAUAUCCCCCCCCCCAAAGAAGUCAAUGGAGCAAAAAAGGGGGGGGGGAUCUAUCACUUUACUCACACGCAAACCCGAAUGCAUAUUCUCAAGUGUGCUAAACCAACAUGAAAAUAUUAAUAUUUCACAUUUCAAUGUUCUUCACAUACCUGAAUGUGUUCUAUUUAUUCAUAAAUACAUAUUUUUACAUAUACCUGAUGAUAUUUUGGUACAAUAUAUAAAUAUAUAUAUGUCUAA